UGAUAUAACGUCGCACUCAGGGAUGGCGGCCAGCAGUGAGGAGAAAGGGCUGCUCGGGGCAGCCACCAGACCUCAUAGACGAUACGGGAGCACUGCAGUCAACAUGAAGAAGCCGGAGAACGUGAUCAAGCACCGUGUCUCGAAGCAAGACACUAUACAAGGCAUCGCCCUUAGAUAUGGUGUUACGGUGGAGACAAUUAAGCAGCACAACAAAUUAUGGACAGUAGAAGCAAUGUUUCUUCACGACUUCUUGGAGGUGCCUGUUAGUCGAGAUAUGUAUGAAGUGGUCACUAGUUCCUGCAACUCCUCAUCAAAUCACAUAGAUGCCUCUGACAGCUCUGAGGUGAGCUGUUCUCCCAGCAGCACACCCAAGGUAUGCCACUCACCAUCCACUUCCAGUGGCCUUCUUGACUGCUCAGAAACAAGUCCUAAUGACUUUCUCUCCAAGAUAGAUUCAAAUAUUGCACUCAUGAAGUCCAAUAUUGAAAGAAUGGAGACUCAUGCAUAUCCCAUGGUAGACAGAAUGGAGGUGGAUGACUCACGGUGUAACAACAGUGGGCAGCGUUGUAACUCCACAAGGCGGGAAAACCUUUAUCAGAAUGGCUGGCAUGACCCCAUGGCCACGCCGCACACCAUCGUUAACCCAGGACGCACCAUAACAAUGUCUCUCAAAAGAUUACUACGUGAACAUGAGGAGCUUUACGAGUUAUAGCAAUAUCAUAUCUGACUCUAAUUUAUAAGGUCACCUACGUGGACACAAAUAUGUAAGUAUGAGAAGUUCAACAUACUUGAGUAAAGUUAUUUCUGUAAAAGUUCAUUUAAGGGGUAGUUUUUGUAUCACUAUUUAUUUGAAGUAGAAGUUUUUUUAUAUAAGUUGUGAGGUAUACAGCAGUGGGACAUGUUUGCCAAAGUGUUGUGUGUGGGACUUUUCCUUUUACGAGUGAUUGUGUUUUUAGGGGCCCAGUACAGUGCAUGUCUUUCACCUAUUAUAUGAAGCACCUGUGUUGCUUUGUAACAGUAUUGUGGAAUUACAGAGAACCAAAAGUGUGUUUUUUUUAUCAACUGUAUAGUAGAAAUAUGCAAAACUCUAGAUAAGGAAGUCUUUAUGCCUUAUUAUGUAUUUAUGUUAAGGAGAUGGAUUUCAAGAUUGAUCAUGUGUUAGUUUCUGAACUGUUAUUUCUAAUUUAACAGCCAAUCUUGUGAACUGUAUAUUCUUGAUAUCUCCUCAAAACCUAUUUUUAAUGAUGAACAUAUUACAAAUCUCAAAGAUGUAUGAAGUUAGGGCGGUGAUACAGGAUCAGAAUACCUAUUUAAUGAUAUUGUACAGUAUGUGAAAUGUAUAUGGGACUAACAUGUAUUUAAGCUUUGUAUUAUAAGUUCUAAAAGAAAUUGGUUUCCCAGGCAUAGAAGUAAAACAAGUAUAGUGUAUAUAUAUAUAUAUAUAUAUAUAUAUAUAUAUAUAUAUAUAUAUAUAUAUAUAUAUAUAUAUAUAUAUAUAUAUAUAUAUAUAUAUAUAUUGUUAUUAAUAUUAUAAUUAUUAUUAUUAUUAUUAUUAUUAUUGUUAUUAUUAUUAUUAUUAUUAUUUAUUUAUUUAUUUAUUUAUUUAUUUAUUUAUUUUUCUUUUUUUUCUUUUAUUUAUUAUCUUUCAUAUCACAUUCCAUUAGGCAAGAGUAGUAACCUUUAAAGUGCUAUGUUGCAAUAGGGUCAUGUGCAACACAGCUAUUUUUAUAGGGAUUUUGAUCAGAUUAUUUGCUCUAACCGUGAGCAUAGUUUGCUGGUAUGUAAUUUUAGAAGUGUUAAGAUGCACAACUAUUAUUAUUAUUAUUGAUAUUGUUAUUAUUAUUAUUAUUAUUAUUAUUAUUAUUAUUAUUAUUAUUUUUAUUAUUAUUAUUAUUAUUAUUAUUAUUAUCAUUAUUAUUAUUAUUGUCAUCAUCUUACAAAGAGGAAUACAGAGAAGGGGAGCAGCUUUUCCCUUAUACUUUCCUCUUCAGUUGCCUCUUGCUACCUACAGGACAUGCAGAGGACAUACUCUCUGCACCCUUUGUCUCGGGGCACAGGGUCUAUUUUGUUAACCAGCCAGGCAGACAGUACCAUGCAUCAGUAGUUCACAGUGUGGUGGGCAGCGGCAUCACCACAUCUCUAUGCCUAAAGGCUCAGAAGAUAAGAUGGAUGUUGUUUUAGUCUUAAGAGAAUGUAUCAAUUUGUGUGUGUGUGUGUGUGUGUGUGUGUGUGUGUGUGUGUGUGUGUGUGUGUCAGGACAUCUCUCAGCUUCUGUUCAUGUAACAAUGAAUAGGUGAUGUAUGUGAGUUGAGGGAGUGUGACUUUCCCUGCCAGAGUGGAAGGCUAGGCAUGCUACUCUCUCUGUGUGUGUGUGUGUGUGUGUGUGUGUGUGUGUGUGUCCCAAGAGACUAGAAAUUAUCUUUGCCACUUCCUGUAGGAUAAAAAAUGAUGUAUGAAGAAAAAUUAUUAUUAUUAUUAUUAUUAUUAUUAUUAUUAUUAUUAUUAUUAUUAUUAUUAUUAUUAUUAUUAUUAUUAUUAUUAUUACUAUUACUAUUAUUUAUUAUUAUUAUUAUUUCUAUCAUAUUUAUAUUAUUUUAUUUUUAUUAUUAUUCCAUUGCUGUAUUAAGCUUGGCCACAUGUUCAAUGGGUGUAUUAAAGGAUGAUUGCCAUUGUAUUCCCUGCAUAUUGUACAAGGUUACUGGAAGUGAUGCAGGUGAGGAGACUGACAACUCCCUCCUGUGCACCUUUACUCCUGCAUUGUGAUGAGGCAUGGCAUCUUGGCUACUCUUCUUUAAGGGAAAUCUGAAACUAGUAUAGACAGAUUAUUAUUAUUAUUAUUAUUAUUAUUAUUAUUAUUAUUAUUAUUAUUAUUAUUAUUAUUAUUAUUAUUAUUAUUAUUAUUAGUUUUAUUGCUACCCAUUUUAUAAGGGAUGUUAACCUUGUGUAUAGAUUAUUAUUAUUAUUAUUAUUAUUAUUAUUAUUAUUAUUGACAUUGUCUCAUUUCCAUUAGUCAAUAUAAUGUGAUUAUAAUUUUUGUCCUUCUAUUAUUUUUAUUUAUUUAUUUAUUUUUUAUUGUUUUUGGUUACUCCUAAGUUCAUAUGCAUAAUGUUAUUUUACCUUGCAGUUCAUUCCUUUUGAAUUUGUAGCACACAUUUGCAGUCUGCAUCUUUAACCAAGGUUUAUUUUCAUUUAGGGUUUCUUUUUAAAUUUUUUUUUAAUGCUUCUAGAAAUAUAUAUUUAUUUGAAAAGUCUUGCCAUAAUCAAUUAGAUACUUGUAUUAUUAUUUAUACAUACAUUGUAUAAUGUUAAGUGCGAAAAAACAACAUAUCCUUCAAGUA